GCCACCCAAACCCAGAUACUCACUUUCUCUUCUUCCCACCUUUAAAUUCCCCUUCUCUUCCUCAUUUCAAUUCCAUAACUUCUUUCUCUGCUUUCGUUUCCUUUGGUAGUCAAAAUGGGAAGCAUGUCAAAUGUGAUCGUCUUCUGUUUCUGUCUCUGGACCCUCUUCUUUUAUCUGGCGUCGUCUGCACCCAACGAUGGCUUGCGCCGGAUUGGACUGAAAAAGAUCAAAUUGGAUGGCGAUGACGUUAUGCGGUUUAAGGAAUUGAGAAAGAACGUUCUUCAGAACAUUCUUCGCGGCGCUGACGGCGCCGAUAUUGUUGCGCUGAAGAACUACUUGGAUGCUCAGUACUAUGGUGAAAUAGCCAUUGGCACCCCUCCUCAGACGUUCACUGUGAUUUUUGACACCGGUAGCUCUAAUUUGUGGGUGCCGUCUUCUAAAUGUUACCUCUCGCUUGCAUGUUACACGCAUGCUAAGUACAAGUCCAGCAAAUCCAGUACCUACACGGAAAAUGGGACUUCUGCUGCAAUUCAAUACGGUAGUGGAAGUAUUUCUGGUUUCUUUAGCAAUGACAAUGUCAGAGUUGGAGACGUAGUUGUAAAUAANCAGGCAUUUAUUGANGCAACUAGAGAACCUGGAGUUACAUUUGUGGCAGCUAAGUUUGAUGGUAUACUAGGACUUGGAUUUCAAGAGAUCUNAGUGGGAAAUGCUGUUCCAGUGUGGUACAAUAUGGUUGAACAAGGUCUUGUAAAGGAUCCANUAUUUUCAUUUUGGNUAAAUCGUAAACCAGAAGAAGAGAAUGNGGGUGAGAUUGUUUUUGGUGGUGCUGAUUCUGCUCACUACAGGGGCAAACAUACUUAUGUGCCAGUGACAAGAAAAGGAUACUGGCAGUUUGACAUGGGAGAGGUGCUUAUUGCCGGUAAACCCACUGGGUUCUGUGCUAGUGACUGUUCUGCCAUUGCGGACUCUGGAACUUCUUUGUUGGCUGGUCCAACGACUAUAAUUACUGAGAUAAAUCAAGCAAUCGGAGCAUCUGGAGUUGUAAGCAAACAGUGCAAGUCUGUUGUGGAACAGUAUGGACAAACAAUCUUGGAAUUGCUCUUGGCUGAAGAAAAGCCCAAAAAGAUCUGCUCACAAAUUGGAUUGUGUUCCUUUGAUGGGACUCGUUCUGUUAGGGGUUCCAAUUUUCCCUCUAGCAUGGGCAUUGAGAGUGUGUUGGAUAAGGUCGAAAGAGAAUCAUCUGGUGGCAUUCGGGGUGCUGCUUGUUCAACAUGUGAGAUGGCUGUUAUUUGGAUUCAAAACCAGCUGAGGCAGAACCAGACAGAAGAGCAGAUAAUAGAUUAUGUCAAUGGGCUUUGUGAUAAGUUGCCCAGCCCAAUGGGACAAUCAUCCGUUGAUUGUGGACAAAUCUCUUCAAUGCCUAUUGUUUCCUUUACUAUUGGUGGAAAAGUUUUUGACCUUUCCCCAAAUGAGUAUAUACUGAAGGUGGGAGAAGGUCCCCAAGCCCAAUGCAUCAGUGGCUUCAUUGCUUUGGAUGUGCCUCCUCCUCGUGGCCCUCUAUGGAUCCUUGGAGAUAUCUUCAUGGGGCCCUAUCACACCAUCUUUGAUUAUGGUCAGCAGAGAGUCGGGUUUGCUGAAGCAGCAUAGAGAAUUCUCGUGUCUCGCACAAUGGCAACAGUAGUUGUCUUGUUUUUUUUAUUUUCUUUUUCUCGUGUUAAAAAAAACUGAAACUACCUCGUUAUAUUGAAUAUUUGCAACCAUCAUCAGCUUAUAGUUUGUAUACCUUUGCAAUCAAAAUGGGCCUAAAGCUAUGGCUGUAUAUAUAUUAAGAUUAUCUUAAUCCCUCCCCAUAUGUAUUAAACACAUUAACAUAUGUCUGUCGGGGGGUAGUGGGGCUCUUGAGCUGUGGCCAUGUAGGGAUUCUGCUAUGUAUGUUUGCUUCUUGAAUGGUGUAAAUGUGACUUUUGUGUUUCUUAUUUUAA